AGUGUUGGACAGUAACUCACAAGCUGCCUAUCUGAGCGUUGUUAUGCUCCCAAGCCCUCUUUUAGUGUUUGUACUUUUGUUCAAUGAAUAAUAAUGAAGUGUGGUUUUUAGAGCAGCAUGUUUUUGGAUGGGAGAAAACAGCAAAGAGGGAGAAGGAGAAGCAAAGCAAGAAAUGCCCCACUAUGUGAUGUCAUUUGGCUCUCUCGCACUCUGAUUGAAUAAUGACAUCUACUCUUUCGGGGCAGCUGCGGCCGAGUGGCUAUAAAUAAAGCCUGUGACUGAAGCACCCCGAGGCUCGAUUCCCCCAUUCGGCACAGACCGUCACAGCUGAUGUGCCCUUGAGCCAGACAUCUAAGUAGCUCCACAGUGGCUCCCCAAGGCACCGGAAAUAUGUAUUCUGCACCAGCGUGUCACUUAUCUAAUGAUGUACACUGGCUGUUGGCUACUGAGAAACGGUCACAUGGAGAGGUUACAUUUGUUGUGAUUUAAGUAAAAAUGUGUACAGUAAGAAACUGAGUUAAUUUACAAGAUGCCCCAGUGUGUCUUUGGGAAUUUGGCUGCGCUGCACACAUCAAAUACUUUUAAUUCAUGUUCUUUCUUUUCCAGCUCAGCAUCCCACAUAGACAUUCCAAUCGACCACUGAUGUCAAGGUAGAAAAUGAACUCCGCCGUGGUGAGGUCGAGCAGCGUUUCCCACUUUUAUUGACCCGAGGCCCACAUUUUACAUGACAAAAAUCUCACUGCACCCCGCCACUGAAUAAAAAUGUCACAAAAAGUAUAAAUACGGAAGUAAUAAUGAUGAUGUCAUCUCAGUGGACGCACAAAUUAGCAAUAUAACACAACACUGGUACACUUACAGGAAGGCUUUGACUUGUUCUGUUGUAUGAACGGCACUGUUUAUUGUACCUUGUACUUAUAUUUGUAGUUAUUCCAUUUGUAUUUAAUUUUCUGACAAAUUAAGUGAAACUUGGUAAUUUCCCACAGGGCCUGUAAUGAUCUCUCACAGCCCAAAUGUAUAAAAGUCAUUUUAAUUUUCAUUUUUGCUAACGACUAUUCAGUUCAUUUGAAUUUCCUUGUUGUUUCUCGGUUGAACUGGCCACUUGAACAUCUAACGACAGGAGAGUACAAAAGCGGUUCCCUUUCCUUGUGUGUACGUGUGUGUCACAGACGGACAAGGGGGGCACACCCUGUCGACUACAUUUCCCAGAGUGCAUCGCGCGCCCCAUGAUGUUCCUAACAGCUGACAGACGGUGAAAGCCACUAGCAGAGCGUUGUGUGUGUGCGUGCGUGCGCGCGCGCGUGUUGGAGGGGACAAGACUUUGUUGUCGCUAAACAACGGACUUAAACGUCAAGUCGAGGGACUUUUAAACAACCGCCCUGCAUCGAGGGUGUUCAGUGGAUUAAGAGCAAAGGCGACAUAUUGUCUCCGGUUCGGAAGCUGGGGACAUUGGCGCGGUCAGGUGCUUCUUGUCACAACAGUUGGCCGGGGGCUGCCGCAUAUGUCGGAUUGGAGCCGUUAACGCUUCGACUCCAGCCCUCCCAGCCGAGCCCAAAUGCCGAGGAAUGGAUAGUGCGUCUGCUAUCGCCGGGAACAUGGUCGAGAGUGGCGAGAAGCCGGCGAGGGGCGACGGCGACGGCGACGCAGCCAUGGCCGCGCUCCACCAGUGCGAGCUGAUCCAGAACAUGAUCGAUAUCUCCAUCUCCAGCUUGCAGGGACUCAGGACCAAAUGCGCCGCGUCCAACGACCUCACGCAGCAGGAAAUCCGCACACUGGAGGUGAAGCUUGUGAAAUACAUCUGUAAACAGCUGCAGUGCAAGCUAAAAGUGCCAGAGACCGAGAGGCCCGACAACCUGGACAGCUAUCCACGCUUGCGAGACUGGCUCCGCACCAUCAAUUUACCACCAGAACUCAUCCAGGCAGUGGAAGCGAAGUUCUCCCUGGAUGCCUUACUGCAGAUGGCAGGUGCUCAGGUGAGGGACACAAUGCGAAGGCUUGGCUUCACUUCAGAAGAAUGUGCCCGACUAAGUGCUGCCCUCUCCUGCCUAAAGAGCGCCACUGAAGCCGGGGGUGAACUGAAGGAAGACAGCACAACUUGGUUGUCUGAGCCCACCAGGAGGGACAGUAGUUCUCUGCUGACUGCAGAUCAGCUUCCCGGCCUGGGAAAUCCGCUCCGGCCGCACAGUCCCUCGCCUCUAGCCCGCCCGUCCACCAUCCAUUCAACGCCCUCCACUCCCUGCGCUACUUUUCCUCAUCCCUGCUCUGGCUCGGUCUCGGCAGUCUCCACGCCAGAGGCGCAGACGCCGCACCUCUACGGUGAAAGCCCCCUCACCUGCGCGUUCCCCGCGUCCUUAGGUCGCUCCGCCCGGCUCCACGGGCACACGUCCACGCCACCUGUAACGCCACCAUCAAAGCGGCGUCACCGACUGAAGCCUCCGUGCACCCCGCCGCCUCCGUCCCGCAAAGUGCUGCAUCUGCUCCCCAACAUCACCCUCACGCGCAGCAAAAGUCACGAAUCGCAGUUGGGCAACCGUAUAGAAGACUCACUCACCAACAGAUGUGUCAAAAAGAACAAAAUCCUUUUGAAUAUGCAAGUCAACGGGAACGGACACGAGGACACGCCUUGUCGCUACCCUGCUGUUCCUGUACGAACCCCCGGGGUGCCCCCGGCUGCGACCACGAGGCCUUACACGCUCCCUGGUACACCCACCCUGUUGGAAGAACAUAGUGUCAUUAAGAACAACAAACCAGUUCACCGCAGCUCUCCACAAGCAGUGCGGAGGGACAUAGGCCUUGCAGUCACACACAGGUUCUCCACCAAGUCGUGGCUCUCCCAGACAUGUCAGGUGUGUCAGAAGAACAUGAUGUUUGGGGUUAAGUGCAAACACUGUCGAUUAAAGUGCCACAACAAAUGCACAAAGGAAGCUCCAUCCUGCAGAAUUUCUUUCCUUCCAAUUGCCAAAAUUCGGAGGACAGAGUCUGUGCCAUCCGACAUAAACAACCCAGUGGACCGUCCUUCCGAAGCUCCGCAGUUUGGUACACUCCCAAAGGCCAUUACCAAAAAGGAUCAUCCUCCCGUCCUGAACCAGCUCGACUCCAGCAGUAAUCCGUCCUCCACGACCUCGUCCACGCCCUCCUCCCCGGCACCCUUCCAGCAGAGUAACCCCCCGAGCGCCACGCCGCCACCCAACCCCUCGCCCAAAGGCCAUCGGGACACCCGCUUCAACUUCCCAGCUGCCUGCUAUUUUCAGCAUAGACAGCAGUUUAUCUUCCCCGACGUCUCCAGCCCGACUACUUUACAUCCCGAUAUUCUCCAAGAUACAGUCUGUGAGAUUGAGCCAUCGGUAGAGGACAUACAUGCUGAUCUAGUUGAAGAUGAAGAUGAAGAGGGAGGAGAUGAUGACAUUGAGGUCGAAGAUGAAGACCCUGAAUUGGACGAGGACAAUGAGGACGAAGAGGAGGAUAUUUGCGACGAAGGAGAGGACGAGGAGGACGGCGAGGAGAUCCGGAUGAACGUGGGCUCUGACGGCGAGUGCGAAGGUGACCAGCUGGACGAUCUGCCCUGCUCACGGGGGAACCAGUGGAAGGUCCCCAUCUCCCGCAAAGCCAGCCAGACCAGCGUCUACCUGCAGGAGUGGGACAUCCCUUUCGAGCAGCUGGACCUUGGAGAACUCAUAGGGAAGGGCCGCUGGGGCAAGGUUCAUAAAGGUCGGUGGCACGGCGAGGUGGCGAUCCGACUUCUGGAGAUCGACGGCAACAAUCAGGACCACCUGAAGCUCUUUAAAAAGGAAGUGAUGAACUACAGGCAGACCAGACAUGAGAAUGUGGUGCUCUUCAUGGGGGCUUGCAUGGCCCCGCCCCACUUAGCCAUCAUCACCAGUUUCUGUAAAGGGAGGACGCUGUAUUCAGUUGUCAGGGAUACUAAAAACACUUUGGACAUCAACAAGACCCGACAAAUCGCCCAGGAGAUUGUCAAGGGAAUGGGAUAUUUACACGCUAAAGGCAUCGUCCACAAAGACUUGAAGUCGAAGAAUGUUUUUCACGAUACCAACAAGGUCGUGAUUACAGACUUUGGGCUUUUCGGGAUCUCUGGUGUCGUUCAGGAAGGGAGGCGGGAGAACCAACUCCAACUUCCACACGGCUGGAUUUGUUACCUCGCGCCGGAAAUAGUGCGCAAGAUGAGUCCGGGUAACAACGAGGACAGACUUCCUUUCUCCACUGCGGCAGACGUGUACGCCUUCGGCACCAUUUGGUACGAGCUCCAAGUAAGGGACUGGCCAAUCACCAACCAGCCAGUGGAAGCGACCAUCUGGCAGGUGGGCAGUGGCGAAGGAAUAAAAAAGAUCCUGUCAGAGGUCAGCCUGGGGAAGGAGGUCACGGAGAUCCUGUCGGCCUGCUGGGCUUACGACCUGCGGGAGCGGCCGCCUUUCACCCAGCUGGCCGACAUGCUGGAGAAGUUGCCCAAGCUCAACCGCAGGCUGUCUCACCCGGGACACUUCUGGAAGUCAGCAGAGUAGGUAUCCCACAAUUCAGCGGGCCAGAUCAACACUGCGGACAUGGGAAUAUCCUCGCCGUCCACGUCAAAGAGAAGCUUUAACAAUUGAAUGAUUGUUUUAUAUUGUACUGCACGAUGCACGAGACGCUCUAAGUAGAGACCGGCAAGAAAAUAAAUGCAUGAUUGCACAAUGGCCACAUUUUGAGUUAAAAGGAAUUUUUAUUUGGUGGAUUAGUAUUUUAUGACAGAACAAAGGCAUUACGAUAUUGUGGCAUGAGGCAAAAAAAAAAAAAAAAGCAAUUUACAUUUUUUUUUUUUUUUUUUUAAUUUGUGACAAAUUAUCCCGUGUCAAAUAAUUUUUUAUUCAUAAUCUCACGCCGCAUGCAUAUCAAAUCUCCUGCACUCGUCUGUAUAGUUGAUGUACUGGGAUUGAGUUACCAGUAUCCUUUAGAAUUUUUCUUGAAAUUGUUGAGAAUAGGAAUGAUAUAUAUUAUUAUAAUAUAAAAAUACAGUUGAAACCAGAAGUUUACGUACACUUGACAUCAUCAGCUGGGCUUUUCCUGUUUUCAUCAGAAUUUAGUAGGAUAUUGCACAAACAUUAAAGCACUGUAAUAACUACCAAAAACAAACAAAAUAAAAUAAUAAUAAUAAUAAAUAAUACUAAAAUAUCUGUACACUUAGUAAUAGUUUUGUAGGGCUUUGCACGAAAGGAAAUGCAUUGUAAUGAGUACAAAAAUUGACGUCAUUGGGGUGGGGAGUUUCUGAUUCUGCACAAAAUGUCAUGUACUGUAAUAAGUGCAAAGACAACAUUUUUGGAUAUAUACGUCUGUAUAUAUUUUUUAGAUUGCACACAUGCAAAAAGUAUUACAUUUUCCUAACCAACAGUUUUCACAAUUUUGUAGGAUUUUACAAAAAAAAGUGAUGCACUGUUUUUUUUUUUUAAGCAGGCAACAGUCUCACAUUUUUUUCAACAAACCUUUUUUUUUUUUUUAACCUUUUGGGUCUGCGUUGCUAAUAAAUUGUGCUUUCCAUAACAUUUCGUACUUUUUAUGUACUUUUUUAACUUUAUUCCUUUUUUUGCGAGAACGUGUUGCCGCAGAUGAAAUUCAACAGCACAAUAUCAAAACAGAUUUUCCUUCUCAGUCUCUGCUUCACGUACUUUUUUUGGGGGGGGAGCGAACGCCACACAAAUGAAAUAUCUUGGAGAUGAAAUAAGACAUGAAUCCUAAUCCUAAUCUGUGUGAUCAUAUUGGCCUGCUUCUCUUUACAAACUGCUCUUUCCAAUCUGUGCCUUAUAACACAUUGACUAACAGUCUAUUAAUGAUUGCCUCUUCCUUUGCUCUCUCUUUUUCUCUCUCGUCUCCUGUCGACCUCCAGGUUGUAGCGGCAAAUAUAAGCAAUGCAACACAAAGCCUGGGUCUGCCUUGCAUGCUCCCGAAUCCUUAACACCCACAGGAUUGUUCAAAGCAUUGCCUCCAACGCACUCUACUUACACACACACACACACACACACACACACACACACACACUGCAGGACAUUAAAUGCACCCAAGAAAUCCUGAGGCGAUCUGCCCGAAGGUUUGACAGGCAGACCGCUUGCGUGAUGUGCUCUAAGCCUCUCAGUUCAAUAGGUUUCCAUUUUUAACAGUGAUAGCAUGUGUUUUGCAAAAGGUCCUUUUUUUUAUUAUUAUUUACAGUAUUUAUUUUUGUAAUUUGGUGAACCCACCAUUGCAGUGUUUUGUGGCAUUUGUUUUGAAAAGAAAAACUACACUUGUUUUUAUUCUGUGCUAAUUUGGUGAACCCUCCCCACACACUUUUAUUUUUUUAUUUUUAUUUUUUUUACAAACAUUUAAUGACAUAUCCCCUCCCAGGGAAAGGUAUACAUGCUGGAUUACGACCUGUGGGACUUAAAGCUGUCAAGUGCACCUUAUAAGAAUAUUAGUUAAUUUCAAGCGACUGAGUAAUUUCAAGAAAAGAAGAAGAAAAAAAACACAAAAAGACAUCAGGAACCUGGCGCAAAUGUGUCCUCUAUCUUCCGUAAACAUUACCUCUUGUUUGUGUUUUUUUUUUUUUUUUUUUUAUAUAUAUAUAAACAGUUCUACUUACAAAUUGUUUCCGUGUGUGUGUUUGACUGAGUGUUGGAAAACGCUGCGUUAAUUUCUGUUUAUUUUGUGUUGCAAAUCUGUUAAGUACUGUAAAUGCAUUAUUUAAUGUACAGCAAUUUCUGACGAUCUUCUAAUAUUUGUACAAACAUUUUCUAUGUAAAAGGCAUCAUCACAUUUUUUUGAAUACGGUCCGCUUCCGCCGAUACAGAUGUGUAUAUAUAUAUUUAUAUUUUUGUCAUGUAUAAAGGCUGUACAAUUUCUUUUUUUUUUUUUUUUUUUUUUUUUUUUUUUUUAAAUGGGCCAAAACAUGUUUUUUUUUUAUGUUGUAAAAAUUCAUAUUUUUGUAUUGCAUGUGAAGACCGUUCUGUACUCGCAGGUUCUGUUUUC